UCCCUCCCCCCCUCUCUCUCCAGCGGGACAUUUCUGCCUUAGUUUUUAUUUUUUUACAUAUGAGCGCCAGUCCACCCUCCGGGACUCCAUCUGGACGCUGAGGCCCCGCGUUUAGGAAGAGCUCAGACGGCAUGGGAAGCCCCGUGUUAGCGAUGGUUUGGCCCAAAUAAUCCCGUCUUUCAGUCGCCAGAGAGGGAAACUUGAAGCAAGCGGUGUUUUCGGAGCCCCCCCUCCGCAGGAUUUGAUUCAAAGGCGAAUUCAAGAUGGCCGCUGAUUCCGUGCAGGGGGAUACCAGGGCCCAGCUGGUGGCGGAGCGACUUGGUCUGGGACAAAACCUGGAUCUGUCAGACACCAUGGUCCAGCAGAAGCUGGACGAGAUCAAGGAGCAGAUCCGCAGAGAGAUCCGCAAGGAGUUAAAGAUCAAAGAAGGUGCAGAGAACCUGCGUAAGGUCACCACAGAUAAGAAGAGUCUGGCUUAUGUGGACAAUAUGUUGAAAAAAUCGAACAAGAAGGUGGAGGAGCUCCACCAGGAGCUCCAAGAACUGAACGCUCACAUCGUAGUCAAAGAUCCAGAAGAGCUUUCAGAGUGCCCUUUAACACCAGAUACACCGAGCAGCGAACCUAGAAUGUGCACCAGCAACAGCCGCCUGGCGGCUUUAAAGCGGCAGAACGACAUCGAGCUGAAGGUGAAGCAGGGGGCCGAAAACAUGAUCCAGAUGUACUCCAACGGCUCCUCCAAGGAUCGUAAGUUACUGGCAGCGGCUCAGCAGAUGCUUCAAGAUAGUAAAACCAAGAUCGAGUUCAUCAGGAUGCAGAUCCUGAAGGCCAGCCAGGCCAGCGAGCUGACCUUCGAGAGCAACGACAUGAUGGACAAGUCCAUCAUCAGUCCUCUGGACCUGCGGGUGGAGGAGCUGUGUCACCACGCCAGGAUAGAGUCUGCAGUGGCAGAGGGAGCCAAGAACGUCAUGAAACUUCUGGGCUCUGGAAAAGUUACAGAAAAGAAAGCUCACUCAGAGGCUCAGGCUCGCUUCACGGAGUCCAGUCAGAAACUGGACCUCCUGCGCUACUCGUUAGAACAGCGGCUCAGCGAGUUGCCCAAAAACCACCCCCGCAGCAGCGCCAUCAACGAGGAGCUGUUUCUGCUGUCCUCUCCGGCCCUCAGCCCCAGAUCCAGCAUCAUCUCCACGCAGAACCAGUACAGCACCGUAACCAAGCCUGCAGCGCUCACAGGCACGCUAGAUGUCAGACUUAUGGGCUGCCAAGACCUUCUGGAAAGUGUCCCCGGCCGCUCCAAAGCGGCCCCCAGCCCGCUGCCUGGCUGGAGCCCCAGCGAGACGCGCUCAUCCUUCAUCAGCCGAGCAAACAGAAACCGAGGGGUGAGCUCCAGGAACCUGACCAAGAGCGAAGAGCUCUCCAAUGAGAUCAGCGCCGUCCUGAAGUUGGACAACACCGUGGUUGGACAGACGAGCUGGAGGCCCAUCAGCAACCAAUCCUGGGACCAGAAGUUUACGCUGGAGCUGGAUCGGGUAACACUCGUCUGCUUUUGAUCUCCACCUGUGCUAACAGCUCAGCGGCGUGU